AUGUUCGUACCUCGGAACCAAUCCGCUACAUCGGAAGAGUUUCCCUUAGAGCCUGUUUACCUGCGACACUCCGACGGUCACACAUGUGAGGGAGUCAUGGCUAACGGAGAAAUCAGGAGAGUGUUGGAGGACUGUGUCAAGAUAAUAAACGACAACACGGCGCAGCCGGAGAACUUCCUGAGCCUUCAAGAUGGACCUGCAGCAGAAUUUACUUCCCUCACCAAGACUCUGUAUGACCUCCAGAAAUCUCAGGAGCCUGCAGGUUAUAAGGGCAGCCCGCUGGCUCAGUUGGUUGUGGACAACUUUGACGAGGAGCAGAUUUGGCAGGAGCUGGAGCUGCAGAACGAUGCUGUGAUGAAGCAUUUUAAAAAUGCCAUAGAUGAGGCUGUAAUUAACACCCUAACUCUGCUGUCAGAGGAAGAAGAGGUGGAGGAGAAUGAAGAGACAGAUGAUGAAAGCGACACUGAACAACCUCCUAAACUCCGAAACAAAAAGGCAGCGGUGGUGGAGAGUGACUCCGAGGAAGACUCUGACAUAGAUUUUGAUGUGGAUGCUCUUGAGAAGCAGAGGAAGCAGAGCGUGACGACUGACCUCAGAGGGAAAGUUGUUCCCUCUGAGGUCGACGAUAAAUUUUUCAAACUGUCAGAGAUGGAGUCGUUUCUUGAUGAGAUGGAAAAACGUGAGGGAAAGGAAGACGAGGGUGGAGAUGAUAUUGACUACUUUCAGGACCUUCCAUCUGAUGAGGAUGAUGAUUUGGACUUGGAUAAGUUGUUGUCCUCCAAGAGAAAAAAGAAAAACACAGCAAAGAGCUCCAGGAAUCUCAAGUACACAGACUUCUUUGAUGCUGUGGACAAUGAAGCAGCUAAAACCAAUAGAGAGCAUGAUGAGAUGGAGGACAGCCAGGAAGAAGGUGAAGAAGAUGAUUAUGAGGAUGAUGAUGAAGAGGAGGAUGAUGAUGAGGAUGAGAGAGGAAGUCCGACUAAAGCAUCUCAAAAGAAGGUGACCUUUGACCUGUCUGGUGAAGAGGACAGCGAGGGGGAGGACAUAGAGGAGAUUUUUGGAGGAAAAGCUCCAAGCUCGGAAAAGUCCGAAGUAAAAUCUUCAUAUGAGAAGCGACAGGAAAAGAUGUCCCAGAAGAUCCAGGAGCUGGAGAACUCAUCUCUUGCAGAGAAGCCGUGGCAGCUUUCCGGAGAGGUGACAGCGCAGACCCGUCCAGAGAACAGCAUGCUGGAGGAAGACGUGGAGUUUGAGCAGGCAUCAAGAAUGGCCCCUGCUAUCACAGAGGAGACCACCCUGCUGCUUGAAGACGUCAUAAAACAGAGAAUUAAAGACCAGGCAUUUGAUGAUGUGGAGCGUAAAGAGAAGCCUAAGGAGGAGGUUUUUGAAUACAAGAAGAGGCUGACCCUGGACCAUGAGAAGAGCAAGAAAAGUCUUGCAGAAAUCUAUGAGCAAGAAUACAUCAAACAGACUCAGCAUAAGACUGAGGAAGAGGAGAACCCAGCUCAUGUAGAAAUUCAAAAACUUAUGGACACGCUCUUCCUAAAGCUGGAUGCUCUUUCCAACUUCCACUUCACACCAAAACCACCUGUUCCAGAGGUCAAGGUGGUGUCAAACCUCCCAUCCAUUACUAUGGAGGAGGUAGCUCCAGUCAGCACUAGUGAUGCUACUCUGCUCGCACCAGAAGAAGUCAAGGAGAAGAACAAGGCCGGAGACAUGCUGGGUGAUACUGAGAAGACAACGACCGACAAGAAGCGCGAGAGACGGCAAAAGAAGAAAGUGAAGGGUCUGAAGAUUAAGGAGAAGGAGAAGAGACAAAAACUUAAAGAGGCCAGCAAAACUGGGGAGAUCAAAAAGCCAUCAAAGGCUGAGGUCACCGAAAACCUGAAGAAACUCACAAAGGGAGGCAAAGCUACAAUACUAAAGGAUGAAGGAAAGGACAAGGCUCUGCGGUCUUCUCAGGCCUUCUUCUCUCACCUGCAGGACCAGGUCAGAAGUCAGAUCAAAAGUGCAAAGAAGCAGUCUUCAAAGAAGAAGAAACAAAAGGAUAUUUCUGUCAGCAAACUAAAGCUGUAAUGACUGUGCUGGUUUGUUUUUGAUGAGCAACUUUUUGAUGUACAGAUUCUUUUUUUUUUUUUCAUAAAACAGCUGCAAUGUAUUAAACCUGAAAGUCUGUGUAAAUUGUUUCCAUUUUUAUUAAAACAUAUACAGUGA